UCGUGGAGACAACUGCUCGAACCUGGAACACGCGCCUGUCAUUAUUAAUAUUGUUAUUGUUAAUACAUUUUCUUUUGUUUUUUCCCCUUCUUUCCCUCGAUGCUUUGCUUUUCUUUUCUUUUGUUUUUUUCUCUUGGUUCUUAUUUCUUUUUUCUAUUUUCUUUUUGGCGGCUGCUGCUGCUAUGCUGCCCUCGCCGCGGCUUCUUCUUUUCCUGCUUCCGUGGGCCUUUCAAUCGAACACUCUGUUGUAGAAUGUCUUUCGGAGAUUAUCUACUCAGGAUAGCGAGUCGAAGAAUAUGGCACGAACGAGCAUGGAAAAGCCCCCGGCAGAAGCAAAGAGUGCCAGCCUGUGCUCUGUAGCUACAAGCACUAUCUAACUACUAAAGAUACUACCUAGGUACAGUACUCCGUGCUAAAGUAUCCUCGCCGUCUCCGUGCCCAGUGGCUACUAGGUACUACCUAGGACGAUCGAAUGACUUACAGCAGUGCGCGAUCCAUCCG